AUGCCGGCACAAAGCCUCAUACCGGCAGCAAAGAAGCGGUUAAUGGAGAAGCGUAAGACCGAUUUUCUGGUACAUGUUGAAAUCAUCAGAUACAUGCUCUCCAGCCUCCAGGAUUACUUCGGCUCAAAAAAUUGGACUCCAAAGCUUUGUCUGAGGUGGUGUCGUCAACACCUCAAGACUGUAACCGAAUUCAAUCUCCUAUUUUGUGACGGGUACCGAUGGCAAUGGCGAUGCCUUGAGGUAUUUAUCACUUCCGACCUGGUUUCUCGUAUCCUUGAGCUGGAACCGAGCAACAUCGACACAUAUGAUGCCGCAUCGUCUUUCCGUCUCCCGAGCCAAGAAGAUGAGGAAAGGCCGAGUCGCCAAUUUAUAUUACAAGAAUUUCGAAACAUACUUGCCGCUGACGAUGCCGAUGGCGAGGGAGCUUCGAUGUACCCUACGUCGCUUAUCCGGACCAAAACCCUUGCCUAUUACCUGUCGCUGAGCCCUGGAGACCCUGGCUACGAACUCGGUAAUGCAAAGUCUCGACUUGAUAUCUCGUACGCUCUUACGGAAGCCCUCAGCUUAUUUUAUAAAACAAGCAUGAUGCCAAGGCCGUGGACAGAAGACACCAUUGAAUUCAUGGUCUGCAAGGAACAUGAAAACGGCCAUGAAUCUGUAUCCAUAGUCACCCGCAUGCCUAUGAUAUCCGUUCCAGAUCCCACGGAAGACGACAUAUCAAUCCUGACUUCUCUUUUGAGGGCGCAGUCUUUGGAGGGCCCAAAAGUUCCCGAUAUCCCAGCGCCUAAAUUUCCGGAGAUCAAAGCGCUCGGGAUACCGGCAUUCUCGAACACCUCUCUGGAGAACUGCAGCCCAUAUGCAAAGUCGUGGAAAGAUGCUUCAACGAUGAGGUAUUUGAGGGGCGCGAGGGCAUAG